AUGUACAAGUACGUUUAUAUUGGCAGUAUACCUAGCCCUGCGUGUCUCACCAGCUUGUCCCACACGUGGUUACCUUGCGGCUAUGCCCUACAGCUCGCCGUCUUCGCCGCCGUGCUGGCCGUGGCCGGCGCCGCCUUCGUGGCCGCCCCCGCCAUCUCCUACGCCGCCCCCGCUGCCUAUGCGCCUGCUGCCCUCACGUCGCAGAGCUCCAACAUCCUGAGGAGCUUCGGCAACCUGGGACAGGUGUCCACCUACACCAAGACCGUCGACACGCCCUACUCCAGUGUCACCAAGUCUGACGUCCGCGUCAGCAACGACGCCGUCGCCCACGUGGCCGCCCCCGCCGUGGCCUACGCCGCCCCGGCCUACGCGCGCGCCUACGCCGCCCCCGCUGCCUACGCCGCCCCCGCCGUCGCCGCCCACGGUCUGCUGGGAGUGGCCUACUCCGCCGCCCCUGCCGCCGCCCACCUGACCUACAGCGCCCCGGCUCUGUCCUACGCCUGGUAG